UCAUGCGAAGGGUUUAUAUAGGGUUUAAAACAUUUACAUACACAAAAAAUAUCUCAUCGUCAUGUUGGCUGCACUAAGAUCUCGGGCACAUUCUCUCUCCUCUCCUUCUCUCCGGCAGCCAUGGCUAUGGAAGCUCAAUCAGACUAGCUCAUUGUCUUCUCUGACGCGCGACGACUAUGGGAGAACAGAGAUUCUGAAGCUUGAUGAAAUCGAGAAGGUUCUCUCCGAAGUUAGGGCUGAUGAUGUCAAGGUUCUUCGCGUUGGUGAUCAAUGCGAUUUGACUGAUUACAUGGUUUUCGCUACCGGUAGAUCUUCCUGGCAUGUUCGCAAUAUUGCUCAAGCGCUAGUUUACAAGGCUAAGCAGAAGCAGAAGGAAGCGAAGAGGAUGUUGUUGCCAAGUGUGGAAGGGGAAGAAAGUGGCAAUUGGAUUGUUGUCGAUUCUGGUUCAGUGAUUGUUCAUGCAUUAGAUGAGAAGGCCAGAGCUUAUUAUGAUUUAGAAAGUCGUUGGGAAACGGGGAAGCCACCAGCUGAAUCAAGCCAGGAACUGGAUACAGCUUUGGUGAAGGUUCGGCGCAAGAACAAUUCUAAGAAACGAGUGCAACCAAGAACUUAAGUUUAAGUUAAUGGUGUCUGGUCUUGUAAAUAAGGGUGGUUCGGGAAGGAGUAGUAUGCCACCUGUUGAUGUCUUUCAAGUGCUUUGAGCUUUCAUUUUGGUUUACAAACAGGAUCUUGUAGACUAUGAUUCCUGUUGUAUAAGUAAUUCUUGUGGGCAUGUUUUGAAUCUUUGAUCCUUUAUUUGGAAAAAUCAUUUGAUAAUGAGAAUGGUUUGCUAAUAUGUUUAGCAAAUAUGUAACUGACUUGCAAGUUACAAGGAUCCUUGUAUUAUUUUUAUUUAUUACUCCGCA